UUUCUCAUUACCAGUUUUACCCUAAGAAAGAAGACUUGAAUUGUUUUUUUGUUUUAAACCACUCCAAUACAGUGAAUUGUGUUUGGUUCUGACCUGCAGUAGAGGGGCUGUCUCCAGUUUUGAACCAUUUGUGAUUUUUAACACUUUACUACCGUCUGUCUAAUGUUAGUGAAAAAGUUGGUGUGUAUAAAUGACAUUAUUGAACAAAUGUUAUUUAUUUCAAUUUGACAGGUGAAGAUUAGUGCAUUAGAAGGAUAUAGAGGCCAAAGAGUAAAGGUGUUUGGCUGGGUCCACAGGCUGCGUAGGCAAGGAAAGAAUUUAAUGUUUCUGGUGUUGCGAGAUGGUACAGGUUAUCUUCAGUGUGUCUUGGCGGAUGAGUUGUGUCAGUGCUACAAUGGAGUACUGUUGUCCACGGAGAGCAGUGUUGCAGUGUAUGGAAUGCUAAAUCUUACCCCAAAGGGCAAGCAGGCUCCAGGUGGCCAUGAGCUGAGUUGUGACUUCUGGGAGCUAAUUGGGUUGGCCCCUGCUGGAGGAGCUGACAACCUGAUCAAUGAGGAGUCUGACGUUGACGUCCAGCUCAACAACAGACACAUGAUGAUCCGAGGAGAAAACAUGUCUAAAAUCUUAAAAGCGCGAUCCAUGAUCAUCAGGUGCUUUAGAGAUCACUUCUUUGAUAGGGGGUACCAUGAAGUUACUCCUCCAUCAUUAGUUCAAACACAAGUAGAAGGUGGUGCCACACUCUUCAAGCUUGACUAUUUUGGAGAAGAGGCAUUUUUGACUCAAUCCUCUCAGUUGUACUUGGAGACCUGCCUCCCAGCCCUGGGAGAUGUUUUUUGUAUUGCGCAGUCAUACCGGGCAGAGCAGUCCAGAACACGAAGGCACCUGGCUGAGUACACUCACGUGGAAGCCGAGUGUCCUUUCCUGACCUUUGAAGACCUCCUGAACCGGUUGGAGGACUUGGUUUGUGAUGUGGUAGAUCGAAUAUUGAAGUCUCCUGCAGGGAGCAUAGUGUAUGAGCUCAACCCGAACUUUCAGCCCCCCAAACGGCCUUUCAAACGGAUGAACUAUUCAGAUGCUAUCAUUUGGCUAAAAGAACAUGAUAUAAAGAAAGAAGAUGGAACUUUCUAUGAAUUUGGAGAAGAUAUCCCAGAAGCUCCUGAGAGACUGAUGACAGACACCAUUAAUGAACCAAUCUUGCUGUGUCGAUUUCCCGUGGAGAUCAAGUCCUUCUACAUGCAGCGAUGUCCUGAGGAUUCCUGUCUUACUGAAUCUGUCGACGUGUUGAUGCCCAAUGUUGGUGAGAUUGUGGGAGGCUCAAUGCGUACCAGCGAUGCUGAAGAAAUACUGGCAGGUUAUAAAAGGGAAGGGAUUGACCCUGCUCCCUAUUACUGGUAUACAGAUCAGAGAAAAUAUGGCACAUGUCCACAUGGAGGAUAUGGCUUGGGCUUGGAACGAUUCUUAACAUGGAUUCUGAAUAGGUAUCACAUCCGAGACGUGUGCUUAUACCCUCGAUUUGUCCAGCGCUGCACGCCAUAACCAAUUUCUCCAGAAGUGUGGAGGAAAGGUUAUGAAAGGAACAGGCUCUUUAAAAAAGAAAACAAAAAGCCAGAAUCUUCGUUUUUCUGUUUCAUUGGGGUUUUCUCUGUCUGUGUUUCUUUCUACUACCAUAAAAAGUACCUCAAAUCACCUGAACAUCGAGUUAAGGUUAUCAUCUUAAGAAAAAAUAUCCAUUAUGAAGUUUGGGGGAAAUACCUGGCAUGAAACUGUAGUUAGGGAUACAUUCCAGCAUUUUAUUCACUUUAUUCAAGUUAUUCAUUUUAUUCAAGUUAUAUGUAUAUAUAAUUCAACAAUUUUAGAUUAUGAUGUAAGAUAUUCCAGUAACUUAAUCUAUCUGUGUGUUUAAGUGUACCUGGAAUUCUUUGAUUUAUUUUCUUGCAUUAAUGAGUUAAAGCAAAAAUCUUGGGGGAAGAAAUUGGCAAUAUGGUAUAAAAAUCUGCUCAUAUUAGAACACAGUAUAAUUCAGCAGCAGACACUAGAAUCAAAUGAUAGUCUUUUGUAUCAGUUAUUAAUCUUUUCUAAGUCUGCAUAGCUGCUUAUAAUUCUGAGGCAUACAAAUUGAUAUGGAAGAAUUUGUAAAAACAGAAUUGCCUUAAAGGAUUUGAAGUAAGAGCAUAAUUUUGGGGAGAGUUCUUUAGUGAUUCACAAUAUCCCUCUUAGCAUUAGUUUAAGGUAAAGAGGCAGACUGAUGUUCCCUCUUUCCUGGUAAUUCCUGAGUAAUUAAGAAUAAGUUCCAAAAGAAUUUGUAGCUGGAAUCUUAAUAACAAUUGUCAGUGGCUGUUUGAGUUGCCCCCACCAUGUCCUUAGAUCUAAUCUGUGCUACCUUAUUAACUCACAGCAGGCUUACUGAAUGGCUUCAUUUCAGAUUUAGUUGAUUUCUCCACCAAAUGCAUGUCAUGUAUUCUCAAUAGGCUGUAUUCUCAGCAGUCAAUAAAUGAAUAUCCGUAAAAACUC